UCUCCCCGCGUGCAAACUGAGACUGAGCGCGACCACGCGCGCCAAGUGCGACAGGCGGGAAGCACAGGGGCACCUAGCACCCGGUUAGAAUUUACAUGGGAACAUGGGGAACAAGAAUAGCUGUUGCGUCUACUCCAGUCCACAGGUUGGACGCAAGGAGGUAGGGCUCGAGAGCACCACGUGCAACCUAGAGGAACACUUGCCAGAAGGUGGGAUUAGCGUUAAUAAUUUGCAACAUAUCAGUGAACGUGAGCCAGAAGACUGGGACUCCGAUCCGUCGUUACACCCAUGUGCGGGAACUAUUUUUAUGGAGCGUUCCAAGCAAGCUAUCGAAAAUGGCAUGGUGAGGAAGAAGAGUCAACAUCAAAUAGCAGAUACAAGGCCUUUGAAGAAGAGUAGCAGCUGCAGUACAAUAUAUUUAGAUGACAGCACGGUUUCACAACCUAACUUGAAAAAUACCGUCAAAUGUGUUGCCUUAGCCGUUUAUUAUCAUAUUAAGAAUAGAACUUCGCAGCGACAGAUCGAUAUAUUCGAUGAGAAACUGCAUCCAUUAACGAGGGAUGGUGUUUCAGAGGAUUAUGAUAAACAUAAUCCGGAGCACAAGCAGAUAUAUAAAUUUAUAAGGACUCUGUUUAAUGCCGCUCAGCUUACUGCUGAAUGUGCCAUCAUAACGUUGGUUUAUCUUGAACGCCUACUUACUUAUGCAGAAAUAGACAUAACACCGGCUAACUGGAAACGUAUAGUACUUGGAGCUAUUUUAUUGGCGUCCAAAGUUUGGGACGAUCAGGCGGUAUGGAAUGUGGAUUAUUGUCAAAUAUUAAAAGACAUUACGGUGGAAGAUAUGAACGAAUUAGAGAGACAGUUUUUGGAGAUGCUGCAGUUUAACAUAAAUGUUCCUUCGAGUGUGUAUGCUAAAUAUUAUUUCGAUCUUCGUACACUCGCGGAAGCGAACGAAUUAACAUUCCCUAGUGAACCACUAAGUAAGGAAAAGGCGCAGAAGCUGGAAGCUAUGUCCAGAGUUUACGAAGAUAAGGUUACAGCCGAGGCUCUACGUACUGGUAUUAAAAAGUGGUCCAGCUUAGAUAAUGUAUGCAUAGGUGGACCUAGACGUAGCAUUGCUAUUUUAUCCUAAACAUAUGUAUGGAUAUAAACGGAUGUAAACACAGGCGCAUGGUUACUGCUCCGAUUUUAAAUGGAGGUAUGUGAAAUUUUGUAAACUAUUGUUACCGAUCG